AUGGUAGAAGCUAGAAAUAUUCUAAUAAUUGUAGACAGAGAGUUUGAGAUUGAAGAUAAAAAAGUCAAAGAGAAAAAAAUAAGGUAUCGAGUAGUCGAUACUGUUGGUUUAGGAAAUGCAAAUUCUAAAGAAGAAUUACUAACUAAAUUUGAAGAAGAAAUUGGCAACUAUAUUGAUGAAGGAAUUAGUCAAAUCUUUUUUGUAAUGGAUGAAAGGGAUGGAAAAUUAGUUCUAGAUUACACUACUAUUAUAAGAACUAAAUUCAGCCAUUUUAGAAGUAAAGAAGAAUGUGAAAAGAAUACUAGGAAGUUAAUUAGUUUUUUUAAUAAUAAGGAAGAGUAUAAGGAAAUCAAUGUAAAAGUACUCGAAAAGAAAAAAAUUGUUUACUUGAACAACGAAGAAAAAAAAAACGAAAGAAAGGCAAAAAUUGUUUUAGACAUUAGUAAGAAAAAUUUAAAAGGAAGAUUGAGUCCAAAAGGAUUUAAGGAUUUAAAAAGGUUAAGUUGCUCAGACAAUCAACUAACUAUUUUAGAUUUAAGCGAUUGUAAAAAUUUGAUUGAACUUAACUGCGCUGAUAACAAAUUAACUAAUUUAAAUUUUCUCAGAUAUGUUACCAAUCUUGAACAGUUAAAUGUUAGUAGUUGUCCCUUAAAAGGAAGUUUACAGUCUCUAAAAGAUCUAACUAAAUUGAAGGAACUAGAUGAAAGUAAAUGUUUAGAAAAAGAUCCGUAUAACAAAAAAUACUAUGAUCUUGACAAAUGGCGAGAAACUGACAAACAAAAUAAACUCACUGCUGACGUUAUUCCUUUAGAAAGUGGAAUUCUUGGAAUUAGUGGCAAUUUAUCUUUUGCAGGUCACGAAGUAGGAGCAAUAGCAGUAGUUUCACCUGUAGUUGAAACCAUUACUUCCUAUGCUAAAUCAAAUUGGUAUGAAGAACUGCUUGAUGAUUAUCACGAAUUAUUAGGAAUACUUAAAACGAUCAGAAGUAGUGAGUUAGGUCAGUUAAAUAGUGUACUUAAAAAACUAAAAGAAGCAACUGAAGAAUUCUUAAGGGAGUAUGAUAGUGAUAACAAUGGAGUAAUUAGCGUUCUUGAAUUAAAGGAAAAUAAAAAUAAAAAGAAAUUGGCUGAUGAUUUAAAUAAUGAAAAUUACUUAAAAGAAGUUAUCAAUAAAAAAGAAAAUUUUGAAAGACAAAAGCAAAAUCUUCUCUAUCCACUUUUUGAAAUAAUGACAGAAAGGCUAAAUAAGUUUAAUGUGGAGGAAUUGUUUACUAAUCAUAAAGAAAAUGAGAAAUUACUGAACGAGUUUGUAAAAAAAGUCCAAAUUAUUUGCGAGAUUAAACAAAAGUUAAAGAACGAGGAAUUAAAUGACAUUCUCUCAUCUUUAGAAGAUAAAAAUAAAAAAAUUUUAAGUCAUUUGGAAGCAAAAUUUGACAAUUUAACCAAGAACGAAAUUGCGAUAACUGUAGAAGAAGAGGAAAAAAACUUGGACGAAAUUAUUAAAGUAAUAAAAAAAUUAGAAGAGAAAGUAAAAACUUGUUAUGAAACAUUAGUGGCUCAGAUAGAACAGCCAACCACUUAA